UUGUGUAUGCCCACGGAAAGUUCUUGUUAUGAUGAUUGCAUCUUUAGAUUGGGGCAAGAGUAAAUGGAUAAAUGAAAUGACGUUUUCAUUUAUUCAGGUAACUGAUUUACUUGAAGGACAUCUGGACCUUAUGGAAGGUUUCAAUGAGUUUAUAAGCCACUGUGAUAACAUAGAUGGUUACCUUACCGCUACCCUGAAUAAAUCAUCCCUAUGGAAUGAUGGGAAAUUUCCCAUAUUGGUGAAGGUAGAAGAAACUCAAGAAAGAGAUAAAGAUCAGGAUCAUGUGUGGGAAGAAAGAAAUCAAGAUCAUGAUACCAGAGAGGGGGACAUGCCUAAAGAUUUACUGGCGCAGAAGAUCUUCUCAAGCAAGGAUAAGUAUAUCGGGAAACCUAUACAUGAACUUGACCUCUCUGACUGUGAGCAUUGCACUCCCAGUUAUAGACUUCUCCCUAAGAAUUAUCCAAUUCCAGUAGCAAGCCAGAGAACUGAGAUAGGCAAAGAGGUUUUAAAUGAUCACUGGGUUUCUGUAACUUCUGGGAGUGAAGAUUACUCAUUUAAACAUAUGCGUAAAAACCAAUAUGAAGAGAGCUUAUUUCGUUGUGACGAUGACAGGUUUGAGUUGGAUAUGCUGUUGGAAUCUGUAAAUGUGACCACGAGACGUGUUGAAGUAUUGCUCGAUAAGAUCCACGAUAAUACAAGAAGUGAUGACACCCCCAUUCGGGUUGAAGACUAUCUCAAUGCUCUCAACCUAAGAUGCAUAGAGCGUCUCUACGGUGAUCAUGGGCUUGAUGUUAUGGAUGUGUUGAGGAAGAAUGCACCACUUGCUCUGCCAGUAAUUCUGACUCGGUUGAAGCAGAAGCAAGAGGAAUGGGCAAGGUGUCGUUACGAUUAUAAUAAAGUAUGGGCUGAUAUUUAUGUUAAAAACUAUCAUAAAUCACUGGAUCAUCGUAGUUUUUACUUCAAGCAACAGGACACAAAGAGCUUGAGUACUAAAGCAUUAUUGGCUGAAAUAAAAGAAAUUGGUGAAAUGAAGUGCAAAGAGGAUGAUUUGCUUCUUUCUGUUGCUAUCGGGAAUAGACUGCAAGUAGUUCCUCAUUUGGAAUUUACGUUUCCUGAUCCUGACAUCCAUGAGGACCUUUAUGAGCUCAUUAAGUUUGCUUGUGAAGAAUUUUGCACAACGGAGCAGCUUGAUAAAGUUAUGAAGGUCUGGACUACAUUUGUGGAGCCAAUGCUUGGAUUUGGUACUCAUCAUCCUCAAGUUUCCAACGAUAGAGAAUUCAUCAAGAUGGACAGCAAUCACAUUGCUGAAACCAUCACUGGUGCUGUUGGGGAGAGGGUCAGGAGUCCUGCUAAUGCCAGUGGUUGCACUGUGAUUAAUUCCGGACUACCAAACAACUUUUACAAAAAAGGAGAUGAAGGUCCUCAUCCCAAGCGCUCGAUUUCAUCCAGAGUUCACUUAGCUGAUACUAGUGGUUUAGUAAAAAAGAAUGAUACUCAUACUGCAGCAGAUAGAUCUGCUUGGAAGAUUAAUGCUCCACGUAACCCACCUCACAUUGGCGAUUCACCAAGUGGUGUGAUUUCUGCUGAGCAGGAAGCCCAUUUAAGUGCUGCUGCAAGGAAGGAGACUCAUGGGAAAUUUGGUAGAGAAAAUACUUGUGCUUUGCAAAUGGGUCCUAGUUUGAUCAGUCUUUGUGGAACUGCUGUUCAUAGUGGACUUGAGAUAAGAACUUCAAAAGAAGCUAAGGAGCUUAGGUUCACAAAAGCAGUGCAAGUCGACUGUCCAGCACUUAAUUCAGAAGAAUUACUAAAAUUUGAGAGAGAAGAGGGUGAAUUAUCUCCAAAUGAUGAUUUUGAUGUCAAUAUUGAAGCAAGUAAUGACCUAGAAGUUGCACUGGUACAAACUACAAAGGAAACUACCACUAACAAACAGUACCAAACUGGUGAUAGAAAAGAGUCAUGCGGUAGAGUGGCUAGAGGUGAAAAUGAUGCUGAUGGUGAAGGCGAUGAAAGUACUCAAAGAACAUCAGAGGACACUGGAAAUGCAUCUGAACAUGGGGAUGUUUCAGGAAGUGAGUCUGCUGAUGGCGAAGGCUCUCAUGAUGAAGAUGGUGACCAUAAUGAAAAUGACAAGGCUGAGAACGAAGCUGAGGUGGAUGGUAUAGAUUAUGUUCAUGAUACUGAAGAUGGAAUUUCAUUGCCAUUGUUGGUAAGUGGCAUACAGACAACAGCUAAGCCUCUGAACACACUAGUUCCUUUAGCAUUGCAUGACAAGGAUGGAUUGAGAAUUUUUUAUGGAAAUGAUUCCUUCUACAUGCUGUUUAGACUUCACCAGACCUUGUACGAGAGAAUGCAUAAGGCAAAGUUGCUUUCUUCUUCAGUUGAGAACAGAUGGAGAGGGUCAAAUGCUGCAAACCCCACUGACAUAUAUGCUAGAUUUAUGACUGCACUCCGUAAUCUGCUUGAUGGUUCGUCGGACAAUGCAAAGUUUGAGGACGAUUGCCGAGCUAUCAUUGGGGCCCAAUCCUAUCUUCUCUUCACCUUAGAUAAGCUGAUAUAUAAAUUAGUCAAGCUGCUCCAAACGAUUGCAACAGAUGAGAUGGAAAACAAACUUCUCCAGUUAUACAUGUAUGAACAGUCAAGAAAGUCUGGGUUGUUAUUUGACGUGGUUUAUCAUGAAAAUGUUCGUGUUUUCAUUCAUGAUGAGAACAUAUAUAGAAUACAAUGUUCAUCUGCACCAACACAGUUGUCCAUUCAGCUCAUGGACUAUGGGUUGGAUAAGCCUGAAGCAGCUGGUGUUGUAGUGGACCCAAUCCUUGCCGCUUAUUUGAGUAAUGACCUACUCGCAUGUGCUACUGAGCAAAAGCAAAUUCGAGGAGUGUUCUUGAAGAGAAAUAAGCGAAAAUAUGCAUCGAUGAACGAAACAUACGCGACACACAAGGCAAUGGAGGGACUUCAAAUAAAGAAUAGUCUAGAGUGCAAGAUUGCUUGCAAGUCAUUGAAGGUCUCAUAUGUUUUGAACACGGAAGACUUCAUGCGCCGGGUAAGCAAACGGAGGAGAAUUCUGCACCAAAGUCUCUCGUCCCACGGCCACACCAAUUCUUUGAAUGCUUCUUAUAGAGUACAGCGCUUCCGGAGUUUGCUUUUUAGGCCAUAAGGAGGCACAUCGAAGCUCGGUGCCUCAAAGAAGUAUUUUAGUAAUUUCCUCCUUGAAGCUUAUAUGUUUCAUUAAUAUUAUUUACUCCGUAUUUUACAUACUUAAUCUACAACUCCACAUCACAUAAUAUUUUUUUAUAAUGUGUAGUUUCAUUAUUCAUUGCCAUUAAUCUAAUCCCCCAAAUGUACACGGAUUUGCUGCGCGUGAUAUGUUGUCGUGUUG